GGACCAGAUCAGAGCAGACCCAUAUUCAUCGCGCUGUGCAUUCUGGGAACACAGUAGUUUCAAGAUGGCGGCGAGCAGGAGGCUGGCCAAGGAACUCGAUGAGAUCCGCAAGUCUGGAAUGAAAAACUUCCGAAACAUUCAGGUUGAGGAAUCAAACCUAUUGUCAUGGCAAGGGCUCAUUGUUCCUGACAACCCACCUUAUGACAAAGGUGCGUUCAGGAUCGAAAUCAUUUUCCCCACCGAGUACCCUUUCAAGCCUCCCAAGAUCACAUUCAAGACAAAGAUCUAUCACCCCAACAUUGACGAGAAAGGCCAGGUGUGCUUACCUGUGAUCAGCGCAGAGAACUGGAAGCCAGCCACCAAAACUGACCAAGUAAUUCAGUCCCUCAUUGCGCUGGUGAAUGACCCCCAGCCGGAGCACCCCCUGAGGGCAGACCUAGCAGAAGAAUACUCAAAGGACCGUAAAAAAUUCUUGAAGAACGCUGAAGAGUUUACAAAGAAACACGGCGAAAAGCGGCCAAUGGACUGAUCAGCUGACGAGCGUGUAGCCCUCUCUCUCUAUCUCCCUCUGCUCCUAUCUUACCUGCCCGACCAAAUGCCUCCCUUCUGUCCCCCACACUCCUCAUCACCUCCUUCGCUCACUCUGCUCCGCCCUCCUCCCCCCUACCAGUCCUCCCUGCAGCCCAGGAGCCGCCCUGCUGAAGCCAGGCAGCGGCAGCUACUGCCUCAGCCUCCUUCCCCAUCCAGGACUCUCUGUGGAUCAGACAGCUUCCUCCUCCUCCUUCUCAGCCAUAAAUCUCCAGACCAUUUCUAACUUUCUACUCUUUUCUUAAUGUGAAAACUGGGGAAAGAAAUACUAAGGGAACAUAAUGUUCAGAUGCAGAGUUAGAUGGAAAUACUCAGUAAUGUGUUCAUUUUCUGUUGGCAUUUCCUCUAUAUAAACUCCUGUGUAAAAUAGAUCUCACUUAGACAUGAUUUUUCCUAAGUAUUUUAUUUUUUGCAGAGCAGAAAAACUGAUUGAUUACUCAUUUUGUCUUUUGCCCCAUCGUCAAUACUUUUUUAAGCUAAAACACAAAUGUGAUGGACAGAAGAGAAGCUGUAGCUGAGACUGGGAGGUGAUGGCUGAGAUGUUUCUGCUUCUAGACUUGCACUGUGCUCACUGUCCUUCCCCACAGUCUGUAACCCACUGAGCAGAAACAAACUAUGGCAGGCCAUACAUGAAUUGAAUUUUUGUUGCUGAAAAUGCUAAACAAGAUUCGUGAGUGUUAAAAACACUCCAGACAUGCAGUUAUCAUCAGCAGGCCCUGAAAGACCAAUUGAACAGCACUAUCUCUCACAUGUUCUAUGAUGGGUUUUCUCAACACUCUGACCAUGCUGUAAACACUGUUCUGCAUUGUGAUUCUCUUUUUCUUAUUAAUAAUACUUGGCUUUCUCCACUUUGAAUUGUUUUGAUCUGGAUCUGAUAUAUAAAAUUGGUAAUGUGGGAAGAACCUGUUUUGUUCAUUUGAAACUUCCACACACGUCUCCUCUCCCACUGUCGGGCACCUCAGUGAAUGCACCUGCCAUACUAGAAAAAGCCUUCACCACACUGAGACAUACUCCGGCGGCAGAUGGACUGUCCGCUGCCCAGCUGGGCGGGCGGGUGGGGGGGCGGCUGGAGAAGGGCAGCCGGAAGGAAGCUCAGCUCCUGGAGAUGGUCCCAGAAACGAGCACCUUGAAGCAGCUAAGAGAGGGCUGGCUGUCCGGGGAUGUGUCAGGACAUGGAGAGGGACUGCAGUGGCCAAAAAGCACCAUGUAACAGCUGUUUGAUCUGGUCCCAAUAUUGUUUCAUAAUAAAGAUGGCUAACCAUUUGGCCUCACUGUC